AUGCCACAGCAGCCUGCGCUUCUCGGUUCAAUAGAUGACUGGACAGGGGUGACAAAAGCCAGCGAUAGAAGAAAAAUCCAGAAUCGACUGAACCAGAGACUUUACAGAAAGCGGAAGCGGGUUGGUGUUCAACAGUCUCCCGCGAGCACUUCACAGGCGACGGCACUGCGAGCCCCAUCUCUAUGGCAGAUAUUCUACUCCGCCGUCGAGUUCCAAAGAGCCGACCGCGCAGCGCUGAGGAUCGUGGCCGAAAAGACACCUUUCGGCGCUGGCGAAACAGAACGUGCGAUUUCUGAAUUCGAGAAAUGGGCUCAGAGUCGGUCGAUUGGUUCACCCGGGACAGACAAUCUUCUCGUGCUCGUGAAAUUCAACAUCUUUAGGGCUUUAGUCAGUAACUGCAAUGAUCUUGGUAUUCCAAUCCACGAUACCCUGGUCGACGAGAGUGUUUCCCCGUUUCCAAAUCCCGAGCAUCCACCAAUCGAUCAGCUGCGCACACCCGCAGCACUGUGGCCGACGGACCUGCAGAAACAGCUCGAACAUCACCCUUGGAUUGAUCUUCUGCCUAUACCAAUGAUGAGGGAUAACCUACUACAGGCACCAGAGGGAUAUGACGAGGAAGCCUUAUGUACGGACCUAAUUGGUCACCCAAAUAAUGCCUCGACUCGUAUAGGAAUGGCAAUUUGGGGUGAACCCUGGGACCCUGCCGGCUGGGAAGUCACAGAGGGAUUCUUGCAGCACUGGGGUUGGACUAUCAUGGGUUGUGACCAACUCGCAGAUGCUACAAAUUACUGGCGGCAGCGGCGGGGUGAACAGCCCUUGAAUUUUGAAGGGAUCCAUACUAACUGGACAGCAAUCACAGCAGUUGCCCCAAAUUCUGCAAGAUCUCUCCAUCUCUGGAGCUAA